GUCUACUUGGUCAUCUUGAUGAGUACGUAGUUUAUUGCCUAGGCUUUGUGGAUUCUGGCCGUUUUAUCUUAGUGGCCUCAAAAUCCAUUUUCGGGUUAGCGUUCACGUGACAUCGAAAAGAUCUCAGCACCGCGGGGCAUAGGAGGGGUCUAUUAAUUGUCAAUUCUCAGUGCGGUGGGCAUAUAGUUCGCCGAGUCAAUAUUUGAGUAUCCGCCCUUGAAAUCCACACCCAAAAUCUCUACAAUGCCUCCUCCGAGACGGAAGGUGCUUGCCACAGCUGAAGAAACCCUGUUCCCGCCUGAUGAACUUUCACCGGGGCAAGAGAUCGCGCGAGUUAUUAAAGCCACCGGAAACAAUAUCUACUCGGUCGAAUUUCCCUCAAAAGAAACAGCCCUGGUGGAGCUUCCGGCUAAGUUCAGGUCCACCAUCUGGAUGAAGCGCGGCUCCUUUGUGGUAGUGGACACGAACGCGCUUGAUACCCGUGACAACAAGCUUGGAGGAGAAAUCGUUAACAUCGUCCGGGACGAGAAGGCCUGGCGCAAAACUCCAUUUUGGUGAGUGGGCCGAUGUAACCGUCGUGGGUAACGUAUCUAACUCUUGAAAAAGGCCAAAACAGUUUGUGAAACA